AUGCUCACUGCCCGCGCCGCCACCACGCCGGACAUAUCCUCCAUCGAACGCAAAGACCAUACAACCACCGCUCCGGACGGACACACCGUCAACAUUGCCGAGUUCCGCAGCGAAACCACUCCAGCCUCCAACAAAGAGCCCUCUCCAGCCAUUUUCUAUAUCCACGGCGGUGGCAUGAUCCUCGGCAGCGUCGACAUGUUUACCCCGGGCAUCAAACAGCGCGUCCACCUCACUGGCAUCCCAGUCUUCGCCGUAACUUACCGCCUCGCUCCCGAAUUUCCCGAUCCUAUUCCCGUCACAGACUGUUUCAGCGGCCUUCAAUGGCUCUCCUCCCACGCCGCAGAAGUCGGCGUCGACCCGGCCAAAAUCAUCAUCAUGGGCGAAUCCGCCGGCGGCGGCCUCGCAGCCGGCACCGCACUCAUGGCUCGCGAUCAAGGCCUCAACCCGCCCCUACGCAAGCAAAUCCUCAUCUACCCCAUGCUGGACGACACGAACAUCGAGCCCAUCGCCGGCAUCGAGCCCUACGCCACUUGGAACUCAGGCUACAAUCUCACCGGCUGGACCGCCUUGCUCGGCAAAGCUCGCGGGACCGACGAGGUCUCUCCGUAUGCUGCGCCUGCUCGCGCCAAGGAUCUGAGCGGUCUGCCGGAGACGUAUAUCGAUUGUGGACAGCUGGACAUUUUCGUGCACGAAGAUGUCCAGUUUGCGGCGCGGUUGAUGGCUGCGGGCGUGCAGACUGAGCUGCAUAUUUAUCCGGGCCAGAUUCAUGGUUUCAAUAUGUAUGCGCCUGAGGCGCAGUAUGCGAAGAGUGCGACUGAGAAUGUGAAGAGGGCGAUUCUGACGGUAUGA